CGGAGGCGUUGAUCCAACGGUAGCAUGCAGGCAGCGGGCGGCGGGCAGCGGGUAGCAGGCACUCUCCACGCUGCCAACACCGGCUCCUCCGCUCCGCUGGGAGGGGAAGAGGAUUCACAAGACUGCAGCUUAUCGCCUUCGGUGUGUCGCCUGUUUCUGCGGAGGUGCAGUAGUAAUGCAGACUCAAAAACACGUGCCAAACCCCAACCCACCCCCUCACUCACGCCUCCUCCCGCCCCGGCUCGCUGGAGACUGUAGCCGGGCGACGGCGUUGUUUUUUGGAAUGUCCUGUCCCGCAGUGACCGUCGACUGACUGCCGGACUGCAGCAAUUAGACGACUCCCGUUGGUGCCCGGUGUAGCCAGGGAGCUGAGGCAUGCCAUCUGUCUCGACUGGAAACCUUGAUAUCUGGACCACCAGUCGCUUUACUACUUGAGGGAGCCAAAGUUACUGCAAUGGAGACUUCUGGGAGCGAUGCAGCGGUCUCAUACUUGGGGAAAGCUGAAGAAAGAGACGCAUACUAUGAUCUGGAGCACCUGCCUCCAUUGCUGGAGGAUGAGGAGAAUGUGUCUCUGGCAGACAUCCUUUCUUUGCGGGACAGCUGUCUGUCCGAGGAGGAGGUGUGGGCGGUGUGUGCAGAGUGCGUCCUGGCGCUGCAGACUAUCCGACCCUCCCACCUCUUCCACACCCUGUGCAUAACACCAGACACUCUGGCCUUCAACGCCCAUGGGAAUGUUUGCUUCAUGGAGCAGCUGAGUGAUGACCCAGAAGGCUCCUUUGUCCCUCCUGAAUUGGACACCACAGGCAGCACAUUUGAGGGCCAUGUUUACUCUCUGGGCUCUACGCUGUCUGCCGCACUGAGCUUUGUCAUCGAGCCAGAGCUGGAGGCGGAGCUGGGGGAAGAGAUCCAGAGGCUGUUGGAGCAGAUGCAGGAGGAGAAGCCCGAGAGCAGGCCGCUCCUGCAGGACAUCCUGGCUCUGGCUGAAGCAAGGCUGUCUCAUACCUCCUCUGCAGCCGUGUGCCGGAAACUGUCCUCUGUUGGGCGUCGGGUGCUCUCCAUCGAAUCCGUAUCAACCUUUCAAGAUGGACAGGAAGGCUCAUGGGAGGCAAGAUGGCAGCAUCCCACACCCAGAUGUCUGCUUACAAGACUGAGCUUGGAUGAUAAUACCAAAGACCUGUGUGUUGACAGUUCUGUUAAAGCAAAUGGUCUGUCCAGGCAGCAGGUGUGCGGGGGCUGGGACUCCUCUCUCUGGGCGGAGGAUAUGGACAGCGGUGAAGGAGAUGACAGGAUCUUGGCAGAUGAGUUGGACUGCAGGUCCCACAACAGCUCCCCAGUGAGGAAGAGAGCCCAGCAGAGGCUGAACAGAGUGAGGGGGGCUCUGAACCGCUCUUGCUCUGUCCCAGACUCCAACAACCCCCCUUGUCUUUCCCCUCGUACUCACGGAGAUAUCAGUAUACCCAUAUCUGACCUCACAGAGAUCGGAGCGGAUGAACAUUUGAGCUGCAAGUCGGUGUGGACUAACCGACUUCCACAACUUGACCGAGGCAAGUCCUGCGAGUCGUACCCACACAGUAGCACUGAGUAUUGGGCGAAAGCCGUUGUGAACAACCAAAUGUCACAAGGAAAUGAGGACGGUGCAGAGACAUUAUGCACUGGGGAAACAAAGAUUCAACGUUGCCAUGAAUGUGAAUCGAAAGACUGCAACCAGGAUUCAGCAUCUUCCUGUACUUCCUGUCAGGAGCUGGAAAUGGAGCACGGCCCUACUGAGGACCAGAGCUUGGUGAACCACAGCCUGUACAUAACUAAUAACUACAUGACCAAAAGCAUGCUGUGUCUCAAUGAAGAAUCUCAGGAUGAGUGGAUCUCUCUGAGAGAGGUACUGACUCGGUGUGGAUGCAAGCUGACAGUUAAUGAGCUAUGGGCUUUGUGUUACACGUGCCUGUCCUCACUGCAGACCUACAUUGACUUUCCAGCCUAUCUAUGUCUGGACACACUGCAUGUGGGCUGCGAGGGAGAAGUACUUUUCCUGAAACCUAAAAACAUCGCAUCCCGAGAUGAAUUUUUUCUCGCUCCUGAAUAUCAAGAACAUGGAAUUGUGACUGAGAAGGUUUGUGUGUAUGGCGUUGCUGCUAUUCUCUGGGCGACAGCCAAGUUCAGUUUAUCACCUCAUCAAAAACUGGCACUGCCUCGCAAGCUGAAAAGACUGCUCCUGGAGAUGGCAAAGAGGAUGCCCAUUGAGAGACCUACCAUCAUCAUGGCUAAAAAAAUCUGCCGUGACUACUUAUCUCAUCGAGGGACAAAUGCCGAGACUGUGUGGAACAAUCUCAUCGGCAGAGUUCACCCGCCAGCCGCAAAAUCCAGUGACGCAGACGAUUUGAGUGCAACUGAAACUUUACAGAGGUCAUUUGAAGACUCUGUGCUGAACAGUGGCUUUGUGCCCAUGGCCACUGAGAGCCGACUGGCUCCUGUGCCUGGCCCUGUUCCCCACAGCUAUCCAGUCAACAAGGAACUUCAACUCCCAGAAGCCUUUACCUCCAUUGCCACACACUUCACCCCCAUCAUCCUGACCAAUGAAGGGGACUCAGAGGAGGGGAGCCAACACCUUGGAGCUGCCAUUGAAGGGACCGCGGAUGGAUUUACAAAAAGCAGUGAACACAUCAAGGAAGGCCUUGAUUUCACUUCCCACUCGGAGUACUCCUACCCGACACAGACUGAACCCACUCUACGUGCACAAGAGUUGCCUGUCAACCAAGCAGUCGUAACUUCAACAUCCAGCAACGAGAUGCCGGCCAACUCUCCUUCUACUCUCCCUGAUAUUACAUGUCUUUUCUCUCUUCCUCUGCCAUUACCCACUAGCACCAGUAGCUGUGGUGUUUUCAACAAUUACCUCUUCCGUCAGGAUCCCACAACAGGAGAUCUUUCCUUAGUGCCUGUGCAGAUUAGGGCUCCAGAGUCUCUUCUCGGGUUGGAUAUCAAUCUCUCCCUGGUGCCACAGCCUGUACAGGGACUAAUCACAGUACCAGAGAGCCAUGAUGGUCCAUUUAUUAACUGUCUGAAUGGGCCUGUGAGGUGUGGACCCCAUGAUUAUCACCCUCCGUCAUCUAAUUUCAGUGGUAGCUCCGUCAGUUCUGACCGCCCUCUGGAGCGCGGUGUGCCCAGAGCUGAGAAGCAGUCUUCUUCAGAGUCCACCCCCCCUAAAGUCCAUCCCGCCCUAAAGGAGGUGAUUGACCUGCUCAAAGGAAAGUUUUCACUUGAUGGAUGUUUGGACAAUGGACAUGAGGACAUUGCCAUGGGGGAGUACAUCUUCUCUUUGAAGGACCUCCAGAACCACACCUUUGCCAGUGUUGUGAAGGAGAGGUUCAGUGACCUCUACUGGGAAGACGACUUGCUGGGUGUAUUGCACUGCCUGGUUAACGACAGCCCAUCAACAUUCGGCUCUAAUGAGCAUCCUUUAUCAAAGGUUGUGCAAAGGGCAGCCCUUGCUCCACCCCUGAUAGCCACCGUCUGGGGAGGGAAGAGAGACGUUCGCCUGCAUGGUUGUCUUGACCUGAAUGGAAACAUUCACACAUCCAGUUCCGUUGCGGCUGUGGAUUGUUGGGAAGAAACCGGGGCCCGGCCCUGUCACGGACAAAAUGAUGUUGCGCUUGAAACUCUUGAAUUAAGAACGGAGGAGAUUCAACGCUGCAUCUGUCAAGGUGGGAGCACGGACAGUUGGGACACGGGGGUCAUGGAGGGAGGAGAUCAUUCAGCGGGGGGCAGCGAUGAAAGCCCCUCUGAAGCCGAGUUUCGGUCGGUGAGAGAGGAAGGGCUGCCGGGGGCCCUCGAGGAGCAGAUCAGCCCCGACUGCUCCGAGGACAUGGAGGAUAGUGACUCUCUGGUGUCGGAGCGACUCCUUUCGCCCGGAUCCAGAACAGAGGGGCUGGGCCUCGGCUCCAGCCCGGCCUGGUCCUUGGCCUUCUUUGGAGAAGAUUGUUUCACUCUGGAGGUGAUCCAGUAUGCAGUGAAUCUGGGGCAGCACACAGGAUCACCAUGUCUGGAUGUGAAAACACAGGAACUGCAGCAGCAGCUGAUGAUUGAAACAAGGAAUCUAAAGAAAACGAGAAAGUUCUACCAGAAGCUGUUUCAACAAGAGACAAAAAACAAAGGUUCUGACAACAAACUGAUGCUGUCCAAACUCAAGUCCCAGUUUGAGGAACUUCGGUCCAAAGUGGUCUUCUUGGAUUGUGUGAAGAAAUACCUCGAGAUUUUGAGGGUGGACCAGUGGGGUUUGGAGGUUUCAUUGCUGCCUUCUUUGGCUGUCUGCGGAGCUGGCUCUCUGGACAUCCAGUCCUCUGGGGACCCGUCUGUUCUGAGCUUUGGUACCAGCAAAGGGAAGAGAACUCUGCAAGCUGGGUCUCUUCUGGGCCUCAUGGCUUACCUCUAUGCAAGAAAUGCAGCUGUAGAGGGCUACAUCCAGCAGUUCCUGUACAGCUAUCGUUUCCUCUGCACACCUGAGAAGUUACUGCAGUUCAUAACUGACAAAUUCAUCGGUGCUGCAAGACAGGGUCCCAACAUGUCAGGAGACAGUGAAAAGAUCUUCCAUCGCAGUCUGGACCUGCUCCACAUCUGGAUAACAGACUGUAAGCAGGUGGACUUCAACCCCCAGAGGAAGUCCAGCCUCGUGGAGACGUUAGAAAACUUCCUUAAUGCUGAGGUGAUUCCCGUAGAUGGCCGAGGGGAGGCCCUUCUCGCUGCUCUCCACAGCCCUCCUUCAACGACUUUGAUUCAAGGAAGAGGAAGCCUAAUCAGCUUUGAGGAAGAUGAAGAUUCUACGGGUGUGCAUUCAUCGACUGGGGAUCUUGGGAGGAAGUGGAGGUUCUCGAGAGUGGCGGAGCCUAAAGACAAGACCUUCUCCAUCGCCACGGCGCUGCCUAUGCCGUUCUACGGCUCCCUGGUGGCGGGCCUCUCCAGCGUCUGCCUGCACAGUGAGGAGCCGCUCCCCUUCAGCCAGAACGAAUACAGCGCCCAGCACAUCAGCCAGCAGCUCACCCUGCUGCAGCAGGAAAUGUUUCAAAGAUGUCAUCCAGUUCAUUUCCUCAACUCCAGAAUGCAACGAGUCACGGACAAAGUGUCGACCCCGAACAGGAAUGUGACCCAGCAUGACCCGCCAGCAGAGGGCAGCACUCCACCUGUGUGUGAGGACGGAGUCCUCCGGCAGCUGCUCACACAUGCCGACAGCGUUUCCAACUGGAUCUCGGCUGAAAUCGUCAUCUGUGACUCCGUAAAGACCCAAGUUGCUUUGCUGACCAAGUAUCUGUGGAUAGGAAAACACUGCUACGAGUCCAGGAACUUUGCCACAGCCAUGCAGGUCCUCGGCGGUCUGGAGAACGUGAUUGUCAGGCAGUUACCAGCUUGGAAACAUCUGUCUUCCAAGGCGUGUGAGAUCCUGGAGGAGCUGCGAGCUGUGCAGGUGUUUCUGAAGAGUGACGACCUGUGUCUGAUGGGGGGGGAACCCAGGAGGAGGAGGCCCACUCUGCCGUCGGCGCACAUCCUGGCCAUGCACGUCCAGAAGCUGGAGAUCGGAGCCUUUGCGCUCACCACCGGAGCUUACAAGUGGCCCAAGCUCAGGAGCAUAGCAAAGGUUGUGAGUCAGGUCUACGCCUUCCAGGAGGCUGUGUACCCCUACAGCCUGGACCAGGAGCUGCAGGCCUACCUUCGGCGCCGCAUCGCCCGGCUGGCCGCCUCCGACAUCCACCUCCUGGCCGCCGACAACGAUGCCAACUUCCAGCAGUCCAGCGAGCGACAGACACGGAGGAUCCAGGACACGCUGAAGAGGGUCAGGGCCACUUUCCAAUGAGCCCUGCCCCGGUCACAUCCAACAGCCCGGAGCGAGUCACCAGCACCAGGUCAGCGCCUGAUGUCCAAGCCCGGACUGAGGCUCCAUGCGCAAGUCACCACCCUCGCCUGUCUCUGUUGUCCUGAAAGCAGAGCCUUGCAGACACAUGUUCACUAUCUGCAAAGGCCCCUUACCCUGAAGUAACUACAUGUAACUUUUAAAUAUUUCUGAAACAAUGUAGUUUUCCAUCUGAUGAUCAUAAAUGACCUGUAACAGCAACAACCAGACACACAGUGAAAUGAACGCUAGGUUUAUAUAUUUUAAUUAAUGCCUCUGCCCCGGUCCGAUUUAUCCCGCAAAGUCAAAAAAUUGAUUUUCAGCAGAUAGACGGGACCACGUUCUGACGGGUCACAAAUUUCGCUGUAACACCGGAAAAGCCUGUGUUAGCGGAUCCAGCCAGGUAAAAGGUAGCUGGAGAUUUCUCUAUAUAGGCCUAAUUGUAUUUUUUUUUUCUUUCAAAGUUAUCUGCUGUAGUUCUGGCUGAUAGUGGUGCAGUACCAUCACAGAACAGAAGGAAAUUUAACAAAGCACAACUAAAAGCUCAAAGGGAAAGUGGAAGACAACGGGCAAAACUUGAGUCAGUCUCAGUCGGGCUAUCGACAGAGACAAUUACGGGAUUGUAAAUGAUUUGAAAAACGUCCUGGAAUUGGCCCGCAGGUAUGUAAUAUCUCUAAUUCAUUCAUAAAAUAACUUAGAAUGCACGAAUCAAUUCAUCCUUGGGUUUCAUGAAAUGCUCUAUAUUAAUCUAACUUAUUAUUACCUUGGUUGCUACAACAAUCUCUGAAUGCUUUAGCUCGACACACAG